CCAACAGACACCCCUCUGAGAUGGUGCAGAGGAGCAGCCUUGCAGCCCCCUAUGAGGUUCCUCUCCUCGCCGUUUGCCUUUUGGUGUGCGUAGCCACAGGUCUGGAACUGUCAGUAAAUGAUCAAUAUGCUGACUUCUCCCUGACUACAACGCCUGGCCCUCUUGUCUCCCUCUCCUGCCUGGUACAGAACAGCAGUGAGGCCGAGGAGCUGGUCUGGUACCGAGAAGAUGGGGAAGUGGAUCUGAACGAUGCGAAUAAAGUGAACAUCAGUAACGUCUGCAUAUCCCCAGUCACCGAGUCCGACAAUGGAGUCACCUUCACGUGCCAGCUGGCACGGGACGACACUGUGCAGGUGUCUGUGACCCUGGAUGUCCAGUUUCCUCCCGACCUGUCUGGAGAAGAGAUCCUCUACGUUGAAGAAGACAAAGAUGUUACUCUGUCCUGCAACGCCAAAUCCAACCCUCAGGCCACUGCAGUUUGGUACAAGGACAACAGCACCCUGACCCUGCAGGAGGACCAUCACGAGGUCUACCUGACCAGUGAGGUCUUUGAGCUCUCCAUCCAAACAGUGGAGGCUUCUGACAACGGGACCUACACCUGUGUGCUGAGCUCUUCCAUAGGAGAGGGGAGUAAGGAUUUCCACCUGAUAGUUGAAGACAAAAAGUCCAUUUUCCCCUUAGAGGCUGUUAUUGCUGCUGGUGUGGUGGUUUUUUUCACGAUACUUUUUGCAAUUGUGGCUCGAAGAGAUAAAAUUUUCAAGUGCUUCAAAAAAUCAAGCGACACAGCUCUGUGAAGACCACAAGGUUCCUGCACACACCCAGAAAUCGUAAUUUCUACUGUUGGAAUGAAGCCCUUGAGUGAGAUGUUGAGAUAAAGCACUGAAACAAGUUUUUUGGGGUCAAGUUUAUAUGAUCUUUUCAAAACAUAAUUGGUUCUUUGCAUCUGUUCAGUCUAACCUACCGCUUAGAGCACUGCCAUGGGGGGUGGACUGCGGGAGCUGCUGCCAGAUCUUGCCUUCCAUCCUUCUUCCUACAAAGCACACAUGUGCAGUCAGGCCUGCGGGUUGUGCAUCGGUCUACUGAGGAAUCCAUGCUGUGUUGCCACAGAUAAUGAUGUUGAUGCACACGGAUAGCGAGGUAUUGAGCUGGCAGCUGUUUUCUUGCCCCUAUCUUAUAACACCAGACGGCGUCAGGGGUGGCAGCCACACAACUUGGGUAUCCUGUGGGCAUCUCAGCUCCUGCUGGCCAAGGUGAAAGCUGCCUGGUGCUCAGCACUGCUCCUGUCUCCCUGGGCUGAGAUCGGAGCUUGGGGCAGCCCCAAGUGCUGGAUGACAGUGGAAAUUCCAGUGUGAAUGCUCUCCAUCCCUCCCCUCAGCAAUAACGCCACUCCAGCGCUCUCCUCAAGGUCCUGGCAAGCUUUUCAGACCUCAUCACGUCUCGGGAUGGUACAUUACUGCCAAUAAACUCCGCGUGCUGUAAA